AUGAUAUGCAUUUGGCGUAUUCUUUGCCACGGAGACGGGGCAACAAAUGACUGUUGUUUAGACAGUAAAAGACUGCAGAACACAUUCUUAUAUUGGUUCGUAAUUUUUUCCCUUUCUUUUUCAAAAUUUCUUUACUUUUUUUAUGUCUUAAUUUGUCUUUCUUUUUUCACUUUUUCCUUCUUUCUUUUAUUUUCAUAUGAUAUUAUUUCUUUCUUUCAUUUGUUGCCAUUACUUUUGAUGGUCGCUUUCUUUUAUGAUUUUAUCCUUUGUUUCUUUUCUUCUUUCGUUCUUUCUUCUCAAACAUUUGGAGCAUUUUUAGCGGGCCAAACAAAGUCAAGUUACAAAGUCAAUGUCCUUCUUUUCUGUAAUUUCUUUCUGUCUUUUUUCUUUCCAACUUUUUCCUUGUUUCUUCUUUUCUUUUAUUUUUCUACUUUCUUUCUUUCCUUCUUUCUUUUUGACAAACACUUGAAGUAUUUUUGCGGGACAAACAAUGUCAAGUUAAAUGUAAAUAUCCUUUAUUUCUAUCACUUUCGUUUUUCCUUCUGUCUUUUUUACUUUCUGUCUUUUUUACUUUCUGUCUUUUUUACUUUCUGUCUUUUUCUACUUCCUGUUUCUGUUUUUUUACUUCUAUUUAUUUUCCUUUCCUUUUUUUCUUAUUUCAUCUAUCUAUUUUUGUUUCUUUUUUUCUUCAUUUUCUUCUCUGUUGUACACUACCUUUCUUUCUAUUUAUUUUCUUCUUCUUCUUCUCUUUCUUAUUUUUUUAUGUUUCCUCAAAUUUAA